CGAGCAACAAACAUCGACCAGCCAGACAAACAGACAGAAGAGAGAACCAAGGAUGCAUGCAUAUCUCUUAGCAACACUCCUGCUUCAUCACAUUCUAACAGGUGUGAUGGGUGUGAGCCAACCCGAGACCCGAGUGUACGGCAACGUCGAUGGCAACGUCACCCUACCCUGCGGCCACAGCAACCCUCUCCCACAAUGCUCCUGGCUGUUCUGUGAGAGCAACUGCCGGCAGCAUCAUCUGCAGGUGAAAGACGGGGAGGUCCAGCAGGACACGCAGCGGUCCAAUCGCACCUCGGUCGGCUCCAACUGCUCGCUCCGCCUCAGCCGCCUUCAGCCCGGAGACGCGGGGAUGUACUUUUGCUAUCCUAACGGCAGUGAACCCAAGGCUGUUGUGAACGUAUACCUCUCCCUGCUCACCGUGUCCACCACCAGCCCACUGAGCCAGCUGAAGCCUGGCGGGAGGCUGGCCCUGAACUGCUUGCUCCACACCUACCACGACCCCUGGAACUGUCUCUCUCACAACAAAAACCGCUCCUUCCUCUUGAGCUGGGGGCUGGGCCAUCACGGCUCCACCCUGCCAGACCACGCCAGGUUUGCGACCCAGGCCGCCCGCUGUAACGUCACCCUGUUUGUGACCCUGCCCCAGGAGGAUGAGGGGGCGGGGCUUAACAUGAGCUGGCGCUGUCAGGUGACCAGCCUUACAGAAAGCGACGUGGUCGAGAGCUUCCUGGACGUGAAGGCCAUCUUCUUCCUUCACAGCCCCACGCCGGACAGAGCCAGGAAGGAGGUGGGUGGUGGGCUGCGGGGAGCGGAGCGCUGCGCGUGGACGUGGGACCACCUGGUCCCCGCCGGCCGCAUGGUCCUGUUCUGCGCGGCUCAGCUAGCCGUGGUGGGCGCCGCCGUUCACCUCGGUUGUAGGCGGUACCGCGGGCGGCGCUCACCACGGGUCCGCGCUGGUUUGUAGGUUUCUCUCAGCCUCCUUCUACGUGUCCUCUAUGAGAAGAACCUUCAGGAUCAGGAUUUACCGUGAGCUUUGUUCAUCCAUCUAAUGUAGGCUGUUUAUCUCUAUCUAUCUAUCCAUCUAUCCAUCCAUCCAUCCAUCCAUCCAUCCAUCCAUCCAUCCAUCCAUCCAUCCAUCCAUCCAUCCAUCCAUCCAUCCAUCCAUCCAUCCAUCCAUCCAUCCAUCCAUCUCUCUAUCUCUCUAUCUCUCUAUGGUCCAUUUGUCUUCCAGCAACCAAGUGGGGGUUUAUUUAGCAUGUUGUAAUUCUUAUUCAAAUAAAAAAAAUAAUCGACCAGAGAUUAUCCUCAA